AUGUUCUGUCAGGCUUGUAUUGUCCAACACCACCAAUGCCUGCCAUUACAUAGAAUUGAGAAAUGGACCAGCACCUUUUUUGACUGUACAACCCUCAAGUCCCUGGGUAUGCGGAUACAGCUGGGCCAUAAUCCUGCACGUUGGUACCCUGCAACUACAACUGACCCACAGACUGCAGCUUCAUUUGCUGUUUCAGCCUAUGAGCACAGUGGCAGAGGUCAUCAUCCCACUGGUGCCAAUGGGACUAAGAGCGGGGAACUUGCUGUGCUCUGUCCAGCAUGCCUGCACCCAGGGAAGAACCUACUUGAUGGAUGGGAAACUGCACCUCCAUUGAUACAGCAAAAAGCAGUCUCUUUGGAUGACAUGGAUCCAGGGUUAAAUGCUGGGUGGGCAUACUUUGUGGAAGAAACUAAAUACAAUGAAUAUCUAUCCUUACAGGCAGGCGAGAGACAAGAGCAAAGCACAUGUGUUAGCCACAACGCAGUCAAUAUGGCAGAUACAAAGUUAUCACAUGGCCUUGCAGCAACUGGUGUAGGUACUGUUGACUGUGCACGCCACGAAUUCAAGCUACCAACUGGGGUAGGAGACCUUCAAAAGGGUGAAAAGUAUAAACUAUGGACUAGGAUGGAUUCUAUGCCAGCCCACCUGCAUAUAGCACACAAUACAAUGCUAAUAUUACAAUAUUUUGUUCCCAAGUUUCACAUCGGGGCUCACAUUGCUGCCUGCCAGACCACUUUCUCAUGGAAUUUAGCUAAGUCUGUGGGCAGGACAGAUGGAGAGGCACCAGAACGGGGGUGGGAAAAUAUUAAUCGCGUGGCAUCAAGCACCAAAGAAAUGGGACCAGGAAGUCGGACCUUGAAACACAAGAUAGAGGAUGCAGUGAAGUGGAAGAGGGAACACAGUGAUGCCUUGCAUGAGCUGGAAGAAACCAUUCAGUCUGUGUUACUGGAUGAAUGGAGACUGGAAAUCAAGGCAUGGGAGGACAAUGGCAAACCAAACCCUUUCAAAAGCAGAGUUACUCACAAACAACGUGAGACGAUUACAAAUAGGACAAAUGUACUACAGAGACGAAUUGACUCAUGGAUAUGCACUCAAGAGCUCUAUAUGCCUGUUGUUUUAGCACUAUGUUCAUCAGCCAACUACAAUGCCACCACUACUGAUGCUGUUCUCAAACCCCAGCACCUUCCUCUAUAUCUUCCAUCUGCCCUUGAUGCACCUGUACAUUGUGACCAACACUUACUGGAGCAUGAAUGGGAACUGCGGCAUGCGCAGGCUCAUGAUGCUCUUAAUGAAAUUUGUUCUCACCUCCGUCUGCCCUUGCAUAUAUAUAAAUUCAAGGACAAGAAUCUACAUGGUCAAGCAGCGUCCACUCGUGCUCAGAAUUUAAUCACACAUGUUGAAGCAAAGAAAGAAGCAGGAGUUGAUAAAUACAGGCGUGCACAUCGAGCAUUGGAGUCACUGAACAGUCGCUUGGAUAAGGAUAUGAGACCGAUGGGUGAUUUCAUAGAUGGAUGUACUCAGGGAACUGGAACGAUCUCAUGGAUCUGGCUUGCUACAGAUGUCGGCACCAUUAUAGGUCUUUGCAUCGAGUGGUGUAAGGCUCGCACACAUGCUGCACGAUGGUCUGAGGAAGUGGAGCUACUUUGGCAGGUCCGUUGGUGGGAUGAGCAUGCAAAUCUACGCAUAAUGGAGAAGCCUUCCAAUCAAGAGGGGCUUCAGGCUUAUGCAUAUUGUCAAGUUGCACUGUGUUCUGUGAUGUGUCGCUCAUUCCAAGUAUUGUGGAGCGGUGUACCUCAACUUGUGGCUUCUACUCUUGAACCAGAGGUCUUCAAGCUCAAUGAUACUAUCCACACACCUUCAAUCGACCACCCUCCUGACUUGUAUGAUGAGCCUCUGGGCUGA